GUGCCAUGUCCGCACGGGAUCGGAACCUGCGAACCCCAGGCCGAAUGUGCACACUUAACCACUGUGCCACGGCCCCCCAAUCUUACUCAUUUUAUCCCUAGCACCUAACGCAAUUAUUGGCAUAUAUUGUUUCCCGUUAGUGUUUGCUGUCUUUAAAUGAGUUUUACGUAUUUUACUCUCUGCUCAUUACUGUGGUUUAAUGUUUUAUGUUGGUCACUGAUAGAAGAUUUAAAGCCAGAAGAAGCCUUAUCAUCUAAUACAACCCCUUCAUUUUCUACAGAUGAAGGUACUGAGCCAAGAGAGGUCAGGGGAUUUCCUCUCAGCAACUAGGAAGUGCUGGGUCUAGAACCAAGUUCUCAGAUUUCUUAGGUUAACUAUACUUUGUUACUCAGAUUCAAUUUAUGAAACAACUUCUACCACUUUCAUUUUUUAAAUAACACCUGCAAGGGGACCUCAUCAUCUAAUUUUUAUUUCAACAAGCAUUUUUUGGAAUACCUACUCUGUAAAGAGACAUCUGAGGCUCCUGUUCUUAAGUUUACACUCUUGUGGAGAAUCUCAUAACCUAGUGUUGAUAAAAUUGUUAUUUGGCAAAAGAAAACAAAGUUUUGUUUCCCUUUGGGUAGGAGUUUUUUAAAGUGGGAAAUUUUACGUUGUUUUAUUUCACUCUCAAUUUUAAUAGUUUGUAAAGUUUCAUUAGAGGUCUUCAAAUGUAAUUUUAAUCUAUUUCUAGGUGUUCUCAUCUUUUCUAAGAGUUUCACCAUCCUUAGUCUUUACCAGCAAUUGUGGUUUAAUCAUUUGUAAUAGAGAAGAAUCAUUACCUAGGAGAAAAUGUCAAAUUUACAAAUGAAAGAGGCAGCCCUUAUCUAUCUUGACAGAAGUGGAGGCCUCCAGAAGUUUCUAGAUGAUUGCAAGUACUACAAUGAUUCAAAACAAAGUUAUGCUGUCUAUCGAUUCAGUAUUUUAAUAAAUCCCUCUGAUGUUGCUGAAUUAGAUGCUGAACUUGGAAAUCACAUUUUACACCAGCCUUUAAAAGCCGCUCAAGUUUUUCAAUCAGUCUGUUUUAUUGCUGUUAAGACUCUCUCAUUAAUUGGACAAUUACAGACUGAAACUCAAAUUAAUAUAGUGCUGAAGUUAACACAUUUACCUCCUCUGCCAAGUUAUAGUCUUGAUCUUUGUGAGUUUCCACUUGAUUAUACAUCUCAAAGAUUUUAUAUGAUGCAAGGAAUUGUGAUUGCAAUGACGACUGUAACCAAGUAUACACAAGGUGCAAGAUUUCUUUGUUCAGAUGAAGCAUGCCCUCUUUCAAAAGGAUUUCAGUAUAUAAGAGUGCAUGUGCCUGGUGCCACAGAAUCUGCAACAGUAAGAAAUGACUUUUUGUGUAAUCUAUGUUCAUCUCCACUUCAAGAAGACAGAAAAUUUAGAGUACUUGGUGAUAAACAGAUAGUUGAAAUAAUUACCACAAAAGCACUUCAUGCUUUUCGAGGAUAUUCUGACAACCAGCCAUUUAGGUUUCAAUCUCUUACAAUUUUCCUAAGAGACGAAUCAGUGAAUAAAAUGAAUAUAGGAAAUGAGUAUAAAAUUAUUGGAAUUCCAACCUGUGUAAAAACUUCACAAACUGCUGUCUGUAUAGAGGCAAAUAGCAUCGCUUUUUGCAAUCCAAAAGUUCCUUCAGGAAUUAGCGACAGUUUCAGGUGUCUCCUUUCUUUGACUUCCAGUUCAUGCUGGAAGUUUACAGCAAUACUUGCCAAUAGUUUUGCAUCACAAAUUGUUCCUCCUGGGACUUACAACUUGCUCAAGCUGUGUUUGCUGAUGAGUCUAGUACAGACAAGUGACCGUAAUAAGAAACUGGAAGAUUGCCUGGAUAUUUUAAUUAUAACAAGUGAUACUCUACUUGUAGACAGGCUUUUGAAUUUUAGUGUAAACCUUGUGCCACGUGGUAUACAUCAUCCAGUCUCUACUGAAAUUUUUCCUACUCUAUCCAGGAAUAAAUAUGGAACUGGAGCUGUUAGCAUUCAAGCUGGCACUGCAUUGCUAGCUAAAGGUGGUAUCUGCUUUAUAGGAGACUUGGCUUCAUACAAAAAAGAUAAACUUGAACAGCUUCAAUCAGUGGUAGAAAGCAGAAGCAUCACAGUGUACAUCCCGGGAAAGAAGUUUGGGGAUGAUAUCGAUCAACAAAUGACUUUUCCAGUUCAGUGCAGUUUUUGGUCUUUUGUUGAUAUGGAUUCAUCUUCAAGGAGAAACAUGCAGAAAACCAAUGCUCUGAUUGGUCAGAUGGAUUGCAGUUUGAUUCCAGCUAAUCUGUUAGAGGCAUUUGUAUUAUUGAUUAACUGCAAUGAAUCAUCUCCUUGCCACCCACUUCUUCCUACUGUGCAUCAUACUUUAAAGAAAGCCAUUGAUCCUGAAGGGCUGCUUUAUAUAGCUUCUAAACAGUUUACAACUGAAGAUUUUGAAAAGCUGCUGGCUUUUGCAAAGAAUUUGAAUGUAGAAUUCAGCGUGGAGGCAGAAAGAAUGAUUCAUGGCUAUUAUCUAGCAAGUCGCAGAAUCAGAACAGAUUCUAAAUGUGGAUCAAAACUGUCAUCAUCUGCAUUAAAAUAUUUAGUUUCCCUAUCUGAAGCCCAUGCUCGACUGAACUUAAGGAAUAAAGUGCUUAAAGAAGAUGUAUUAAUUGCAGCCUUAUUAUUUGAAACAUCUCUCACAUUGAAAUAUGGGGCCACUGUAUUUUGUGUUGCUCCAAAUGCAGUAUUUCCAUUUGAACUGUAUAAUGAAGAAAAUUUAGAGCAAAGGGAUAUGUAUCUGACUCAGUGCCAACAACAACUCCAACAGUUUAUUGCCACUUAUGGACCUGGGACUCCUGUUUUCGCUAGUGAUGAAUAGGCAAUCUGAAGAAAAUUUUUUUCUUCAUUUCUACUUAAGCAGUGGAAAAAAAUGUGAGUGAUCCUGAAGUAAUGCUUCAGGUAAUACUGUGUGUAGGAGUACAUUAGAAUCCCAUCUUGAAAAAUAUAGUAUGAUCUCUUCAAAUUAAUUACUAAUGAAAUAAACACUAAUCCAAACCUCAAAGCCAAGAGCAGAAAUUUAAAACUUAGAAGAAUCCUACAAAAAAACUUCUGGUUAGCCAAGUAUACCAGUGGUCAACAGAUAAAAAUAUAAAUGCUGCAAACCCAGCAAUGAAAAACUGGUAACUGGUAACUUUUACAUGGUUCCCUCCAUUUGUCACAAGGUGGCAAUAACACUUUAAAUGAGAAUAUUUACCUACCAAUUAUUUUAAACCACUUUUUCUUGUGCUUGUGAACUUGACAAAUUGAUGAGUAAACAACAGCAAUUUUUAUAAUCAGCAGCCUUGAAUUUAAGACUUUUCAUGCUUAACUAGAUAUUGACAUAGCCAUUAUAUGAAUAUAUAUCAUUUUGGAAGCCCUAAUUACGCAGUCAGGAAAAAGCUUUGGAAUUUUCCAUUUUCUAUAAGCCAGGUUACACAGAAAAAAGUAAUUU